AGCAGAGCAAACCCUCAAAACAAUCAAAAUGAUGACCAAGUGCCUCAUCCUCUUGUUCGCCUUCGUGGCCGUCUGCUCAGCCGGUGCGAUCGUUCCAGCGGCAGUACCUGCAGCACUGACAGUGGGCACAUACGCGAGUAGUUACAACGCACACUCAGUAAAUCACGCAUACGCAGCCCCGUACGUAGCAGCGCCAGCUGUUGCAGCUCCUGCAAUAGCAGCCCCAGCCCUGGCUUACUCGUCGUACGCCUACCCCUCAGCAUACGCCCCUGCUGCGUACUCAGCCUACCCCUUCGCUGCCCCCAUCAUCGCUGCUCGUCGUUAAAAAUCAUCGAUUGAGAAAAAUCAGCGCAACUUUCGAAUGAGGACCUUUAAUUGCCCAUCAGUCCAGUCGGCUUCGGCUCUGUGAGGACUAUCCUGUAAUCGAGGGAGGAUGACGAUUAAGAAGAUUUCCAAUGUCAAUCCGCCGAGGAUCGAGGGACUGAUUUACCAAGUGGGCAAUUUGUCGAUAGAUCACGCAAUCAUGGUCCAACAAGUGGCUGAGCGAUGGUGCCACAAGCGCUUGAUCUCACACGCAGACU